AUGCUCUUGCAAUGGUGCAACUUGACUCCAUUCGGGACUUCGAAACUAACUGCUAUACGGUUUGCAUCACCAUGUAGGGUGCAGUCUGUGAGGAUAUUCCCCACAGGCACAAGACCAUUUGUCGCCGCCCCAGAUAUCAUCGCGCGCACGGAACCUGAAGCCUUCUUCAUGGACGUUUACUUUAAUGCCCAUCCACUGCAGCCAGGCUCACAAGCAGAUGGAAAACCCAAGUUGAAGGUGCCCAACGCCCUUAUACCAACAGUCAUUCCAUAUGCUGGCGGACAGGCAGAAUUUGCUGUCAAUAUGGGUGCAGAUGCACGUUUUGCAACGCGUCUCAUGAUAGUGCGGGGUGACUUUGAAACUGUGUCGAUGGCAAUCUACGGCGAACCGGUCUCCGAAGUAUCUCCAGCCAUUACCUCUUAUGAAGCACGACCACUACCUGUGUUAGAGCCUACACCCCUAGGAUCUUCCGAUCCGACCCACUUAGCAAGGCAAUUGCUCGCCCUCAUACCAGAUGCACCUCCACUGAGCCUCGUCAUACGCCUCAUGUUCUGCCUGAAACCUCCUAACGAUGAUUGGGAUCUCCCAGAAUUCCCGCAUCUCUACUCAGAUUUACACGAGGAAGAUGUGGAUAUUGACCUAGACUCUGCAUAUCGCUGCUUGAGCAGGCCCGUUGCUGAUGACGUUUCUCUGGAGGCGUUGCUGAGAUUCGCAGAAAAGGUUGCAGAUGCUAUUAGUCCAACGGAUAACACUCGUUCAUAUUUCAUGGCAGAGAUACUAUGUCGCUCUGCUUCGCAACAUCGGGAUCUUGCACGCAUGCUGGUGCAAACCAUCGACCUGGAGCGAGUGUUUGAUACGUCCAGUGUAGACGAAGAUACGGUGUUUACCCUGCUAGACGCAUCGACAAACCCUGAUAUUGCAAAACUUUUGGAUGAUGAUUGGUUCCGAAGCGCAUUGGAUUCGGUGUAUUCAAUGCCAGCGACGGAGCCAGACGUGAAGAAAGGCAUCCGAAGACUGUCAAAUCGCUUGCGAGACUGGCAGCUGUUCGAAGACACACUGUCUAACCCCAAUGGAAAUUUCGUCGCGGCUGCCCGGUUCCUGAAGGACAUUGGUUCAGAAGAGAAGUCGUUUGGCAUUUGGCUCAGCUGCAUGACAACACACGAGGAUCUCUUUGCUAGUCUUCAGGGUGGCCCAACAUUCGAUUGCAGUGUUCCCGGGAGCCUGUGGGACUCGGAGUUGGCGAAUGCUUCGCAUGCUGAUUAUAUAGGAUUUGUCAAGGCUUUCAUCGGCGUCGCAUGCGUACUGGCUGUCUAUGCGUGGUCUGAUAGCCUUCCAAAUGUCAGUUGCCGAGAGCGGACACUGGGUGUUCUUCGACUGUGGCAGGACGUUCCGGGGUAUCGUGAGAUUGUCAACCAUCUCCUUCUUUUGCGCCAAAUGACGUUCCGUCUGGAAUGCAUGACAAUGGACAAUGAUCCUCCAGAUAUGUCAGGCAUCCAUGCGGAGAACAUCAUAUUGAACCUGGUAAACGAGCCACGGUGUUACCUCAGUCCUCAUUUUGUCAAGUGCAUACGUUCGUGGCAACCCUUCACGCUGACCUACAUCAGCGAAGAAGAGAGACAAUCCCUGGAAAAUGCCGCUGCAGUUGCGGAGGACGGCCCUUCGAGCGCUAUCGAAGAGCUAGCUAGAUCCAACUCGGGCCCGCUGAACAUGGAUCGUGUGCGGGUGCUUCGGGUUGCCGUCGGAAUCAUUCAGCACCAUGUCGAUGCAGAAAGCGCUGGUGACUUGGAAGUGCUGCAAACGGGAUGGAAGGAGAAUGUUUAUGGGUUGUUCUUCCGCUCUGUCGAUCUGGCCUUCGAGGUUGGUCAAGAGCUCAAGAACCAACUCGCCUUGAGCGUGCCACCACCAGUGGAGAAAGGACUUUUGGAGCAAUACUUGCUACUUUCUGAACAGAUUCUACAGUUGCUUGCAUACCUCGAACCGUUCGCUGUUACUACCAUUCGCACGAUCCGUCGUCUUGUGGACGCAGUUUAUCUUGUUUUCACAUCUUCGGACACGGUCUUACGCGACCUUUCCUACUCACGGCCGGUCUAUGUGGCCGGGAGGCACGCCAAACAGGCCUGUUCACAUGUCUUAGGCGUUCUCUCCGCAUCUUCCACGAUGGACUUACCCAAAACGAGGUCUGCAGUUGUUUUGCGCACAUUACUCCAAAAAAGCCAGACCUUUGAUGGUGACCCGCACCAGCAGGUUCGGCAGAUUUGUGAACUCUUCACUUGCUUACUACCUACUCCUUCGGACCCUGUGGAAUCAACCUCGAAGUGGGUACUGUCCACUCUUCCCGUCAUUCUUGGUGACCUUGAGAGACUGUUGUGUGCGCUGGAUGUCGACCGCAAAUGCAAACUCGUGUCUCUGCUAAUCACACUGGACAAUGGGAUUUUGGAUUUUAGACAGUGGUUCAUUUCUCAAGAACUGAAACACAUGUCCGAUCUUUCCAGGUUUAUCAUGGAAGGCCAGACGGAGCACGUACGCUUGGUGGCCCAGCAAGCUGUGGACUGGCAUAUUCAAACAAUAGAACGGCUCAUGAGUCCGUCCUCCGAACAUGCGACCUUGUGCGUAACUACGCUUUCGGUGAUCCCUCGUGCCGCCCUGUUAAGUGCUCAUGUAUACUCGGAAUCCCUGUUACGUCUUGCACGCUUGCUGUCCACAAACCCCGUGUUUGCCGACGCUUCCGUGCAAUUGGCUGUUGCCCUUACAUUCAUCCGCGCGUUCGAGCGCGCACAAGCAGUACUUUCCGCGAUCGACGACGCGGAUCUAGCCCUUGACCGACUUCUGUGGGAAUUCGGCCAUUGCUUGUCUGCUGUAGUUGAAAGAAUGGAUGAUCUCCAACCUUCCGAUCUCCAGGUCAUCCUUUCGACGCUAUCUUGGCUUUGUGAAAAGCUCCCAGGUCCUUCUGACCUCCCAGGUGUGUCACGGGAUAAGUGGGACAAACUAUGUAACGCAUUUGGGGGAAAGAAGGAACCCGACAUAGACAUUUUGAAGACGGUCAGAGGAAAGUUAACGCCCCAUCCAGACUCGUUCUCGCCUACCAGGAUAAUUCCACGGACUGUUUGCAUAAGCAUCCGUGAUCUGGAGACCCUCUUAGCACCCUCUGCUCCCGUGCCGUCGACACCGAAACGCAAGUUGCCGGCUCGGGAUAUCUUGGGUCUCGUUGCACUCUCACCCCCUACUGCGCUUCUUCGCUCACCUGCCAUCUCCGGGUUGACGAAGAUGUACACAAAGAAUGAUUUUAGGGAACUCCGCCAGACUCCGUCGGCGAGGCAAAAUACGAGCCGACUGCCCAGUAUGCAUGUCGAUGAGUUCGAGCUUGGCACGUCGUCGCCAAUCAUCGAGCCUAGUGUCAUUGGUCACCCGGUUGAAACGUUCCUACUUGGCCCUCCUUUCAACCUUGCUCAGUAGACAUGUGUAAGAGAACGGAGGCGACGCAAUUUGAACCGUACGAAUAUCUUGUUGAAGUGUAGCCAUAUAAACGAACGACGUUGAUGUGUCCAAGAAUUGUAGAUAUAAGUUGGCUCCCUUUCUCGCUAGCAUGUAAUUUUGCACUAGGAUGCUUGCACCUACUCAGCACUCAGCAAUGGACAAGCUCGUCCAAACUGCGUAUGCAUAUGAGAAUAACACUUGAUAAUCUACUUC